UCCUUCAUGGCAUUCCAUUUGAUCUAGUCAAGUUGCAUUUAUUGUGCUUUAGCAUCAACGUUAGCUUAUGCUACGUUUCUGUUGCGCUGUGCCGAGCUGCCAAAGUCCAUACGUAACGCUAGCUGACCGUAGACGGUCUAAUCCACCAUGGUUUAGCUAACAACGUUACAUGUCGGUAAUGUAAAUUCGAUAAGGUUAAAUGUGCAUCGUAAUUUGUGGCGACGAGAAUUAACUCAAAAAUGUAUUUAGUAUUGAAUGAUGCCUCCCUUCCCGUCUGACGUCAGCCUGGAAGAGAGAUGGGGGUGAAUCAUGAGUGAUGUGGAUCACAGACAUUUCAGUGGAUGGAAGGACAUACUUUGAUAACCUCGACCUGAAUGAAUCUCUGUGAUCUAAUGGCAGACCAAAGAAUGGACAUUUCCUCAACAAUGAAUGAGUUCAUGUCCCCCAGCUCAACUGAUCUAAUAAGCAGUUCCAUCAGCACACCAGGCAUGGACUACAACCGCAAGAGGAAGGGCAGCACCACGGACUACCAAAUUGAUGGCUUUUCAUUUGAGGAUAGCAUGGACACAGACAAGGAUAAACAGCUUGGGAGAGACUGUGCUGAUCAACAAGGCCGGAUUAAAAAUGCCAGGGAGGCCCACAGCCAGAUUGAGAAACGUCGGAGGGACAAGAUGAACAGCUUCAUUGAUGAACUGGCGUCUUUAGUGCCCACCUGCAAUGCCAUGUCUCGCAAACUGGACAAGCUGACCGUGCUGCGCAUGGCUGUUCAGCACAUGAAGACCCUCAGAGGGGCCACCAAUCCGUACACUGAGGCCAACUACAAACCUGCAUUUCUGUCAGAUGACGAACUUAAGCACUUAAUACUAAGGGCCGCUGACGGCUUUCUCUUUGUUGUUGGCUGUGACCGUGGGAAGAUCCUGUUUGUUUCAGAGAGUGUUUAUAAAAUCCUCAAUUAUAGCCAGAAUGACCUGAUUGGCCAGAGUCUGUUUGAUUACCUGCAUCCUAAAGAUAUUGCCAAAGUCAAAGAGCAGUUGUCAUCAUCAGACACCGCACCGCGGGAAAGACUCAUCGAUGCUAAAACUGGCCUUCCUGUGAAGACGGACAUCACUCCUGGCCCGUCCAGACUGUGCUCAGGAGCCAGGCGCUCCUUCUUCUGCCGGAUGAAGUGCAACAGACCCUCCGUCAAAAUGGAGGACAAGGACUUUUCCUCCACCUGUUCAAAAAAGAAAGCUGACCGCAAGAGUUUCUGCACCAUCCAUAGCACAGGAUAUUUGAAAAGCUGGCCACCCACCAAGAUGGGCCUGGACGACGACAACGAGCCUGAUAAUGAAGGCUGCAACCUGAGCUGCUUGGUGGCCAUUGGCCGGCUGCACCCUCACAUUGUGCCCCAACCAAUGAAUGGAGACAUUCGCGUUAAACCCACUGAAUACGUCUCCCGCCAUGCCAUAGAUGGCAAAUUUGUGUUCGUUGACCAGAGGGCCACGGCUAUACUUGCAUAUUUACCCCAAGAGCUUCUAGGUACUUCCUUCUAUGAGUAUUUCCACCAGGAUGACAUUGGACACCUGGCCGAAUGUCACAGACAAGUGCUGCAGAUGCGGGAGAAAAUCAAUACAAACUGUUACAAGUUCAAGAUCAAGGACGGCUCCUUCAUCACCCUGAGAAGCCGCUGGUUCAGCUUCAUGAACCCCUGGACUAAAGAGGUGGAAUACAUCGUCUCCACAAACACAGUGGUCUCAGGGAGUGUGCUUGAUGGAGCCGAUCCCAAUUACCCCCAGCCAGCGUCAUCGCCUCAGAGCAUGGACAGUGUGUUAACAUCAGAGGGAGGAGGGAGGCGUGCACUUCAGACGGUGCCUGGCAUUCCUGGGGGCACACGUGCUGGAGCUGGCAAGAUCGGCCGCAUGAUCGCUGAAGAAGUCAUGGAGAUCCAGAGAAUUCGAGGCUCGUCUCCCUCCAGCUGCGGCUCCAGCCCUCUGAACAUCACCAGCACGCCCCCUCCUGACACCUGCUCGCCCGGGGGGAAGAAGAUUCAGAACGGAGGAACUCCAGAUCUUCCCUCUGGAGGAAUGGUGUCGGGACCGGAUUCGAUAGGAUACCCAUACUCUAACAACUCCAUCAUGAGUGACAACUCCCACCUGAGUAUUGACAUCAUGGACGAGCCCGGGUCCAGCAGCCCCAGCAAUGACGAGGCGGCCAUGGCGGUGAUCAUGAGCCUGCUGGAGGCCGACGCUGGCCUGGGAGGCCCAGUGGACUUCAGCGACCUGCCCUGGCCCCUGUGAAGGGGGGGUGGGGAGCUCUGUCGGACUGAAGGGGAAGGGGGGUGGGGUGCCUAGACGCUGGUAGGUUAUGAAAAACUCCUGGACCUGAGAAGCUGGCACCUAUGGAGGCAUAUCAGCAGGACGCAUGCCACUGCCCCUGUGCUGCUGAGAAUGAGAGGUGCAGGGCUGUUGUCAAAUAGGAACUCGCGCGCGCGCGCGCACACACACACACACACACACAAACACACAUGCUUCAGUUCACACAUACGCCUUUCCCUGCCAGACGUACUUCCAUACUGCCUGUUCACAACAACAUGCAAGUUAAGGCCCUCCUGUCCUCUGUAUUUACCAGACCCGUCCCCUUAUGCUCUUAUCCCUUGAGGAAAGUCUCAUUUUUGUUUUAGUGUUUUGAUGUUUUUACACUACAAAUGGUUUCAAUGUUAAAUAUUCUUUAUGUGAAUUGUAUCAUGUAAGAAAUAUUAAUGCAAAGUAUAUAUGGUAAAGUGUAUUGUAUCAGCAGUGAGAUAUUUUUAAAAUAAAAGAUAUUUGUUUCUCUUGCUAUUGAAAUGAAA